AUGACUCUCAUUGGAAGGACAGCCUUGAUUGAGCAAAACGAUGCAACAGUUGCAUUCCUACAAGCAAACGACUUCUCCAGGGCUCUCGUGUCGUCCAUACUUGCAUUGAGCUACAGUAGAACAUUUCUUGAUGAAAGCGAAACCGCAAACGAGCAAAGCAGUGGAAGUUUGGAUGAGUGCAUGCUUCUCUCUGCCACCGUCAGCGAAUCUGGCGAUGAAAUCAGUGGCACUUUCAUCUAUGAACACGCCGUCAUCAUUCCGACAACAGCAGAGGAGAUUGACCCAACGAUCCUGAUCGCUAUUCCAAUUUUCAAUGCGGCCCUAGCUCACCAUCAACUGGCAAAGCAAAACUUAUUUUGCCAUUGGACUCGAAUGCAUCUUCUGACGAGAGCCAAGCAGUUGUACGAGCUGGCAUACAAAUCAUGUGAUUUGGAACAUAAUCCUUUAUUUCACUUCGCUCUCAUCAACAACAUGGCUGUGAUCGAGCGAGACAUUGGUAAUAUGCCUACUGCAAACGAAUGUUUUGAGUACCUGCUGACUCUUUUGAUUGUUUUCGUGGAUCGAGGAUGCGAGUUGCGACUGCGGCAUGUUAGGGGAUUUGUUGCUAACGUCCCUUUGGCCAUCAAGAAUGCCCCUGCAGCAUAA